UGAGGUUACUCGUCUGAGGUCACAUUCCAGUCGCUUCUUGGAGUAUAAAUAGGUCUGCAGAAGGUGUUGAAUGGUAUCAUACAAGUUCAAGUUUUCGAACCACAAACUUUAAAACAAAACAAUCAUCAACAUGUUCAAAUCCGCUAUUGUCAUCCUCGCCAUCGUUGCCUGCGCUGCUGCCAAGCCAGGACUUCUGGGAGCUCCUGUGGCCUACACUGCUCCUCUGGCCUACGCUGCUCCUGCCGCUGUGGUAGCUGCUCCUGCCCCAGUUGUGACUGCCACCAGCAGCCAGGUGAUCGCCAGGAACUACAAUGGAAUCGCAGCUGCUCCCGUUGUUGCACCAGUAGCAGCUCCAGUGAUUGCCAAGUACGCCACGGCUCCUUUGGCUACUCCUGUAGCUACUCCCGUUGCCGCUCCUUUCGCCUACGCAUCCCCUGUGGCGUACAAUGCUCCAUUGCACUAUGCCUCAGCCUCCGGUGCUCUUCUACUUUAAGUUACCAAUAAACGAAUUUAUCGGAA